GGGCGUUACACAUUGAUGGCAGGAGUUUUGGAGGAGGCAGUGGAGUGAUCAAGCUGACCAUUUUAUUUUGUGUGUAGUUUUAUUUAUUUAAAAAAAAACGAUAUAUUGUGCAAGAACAAAUGGCUUCUGGCGUUGCUCAACAGAAAUCGUGCCGUGUUCAAUGGGAUCAGCCAAGUACUACAGCAAGCAUGCUCCAAGGCUUUGGAAGCUUUUCACACGCAGGUUCAUUGCCUGUCGGUUCCUUGCAUUCUAUAGGCACACAUGCUUAUUUGCCCAAUAACCUGGGGAAUUUGGGAACAGCCGUGUCAUUGCCGAGUAACAUGGACAGAGCAUUGUCGACAGCCCCAGUCCCGAAUACUUCAAUAGGGGGGCACAGCUCCUCGCAAAGUGGUGCAGUGGAGGCAGCCACUGCAAUGGCAGCCAAGAUUAAUGCUAUGCUGUUGGCCAAGGGGAAGCUGAAAACACCACAGACACUGCCAGAAAAGAACCUACAGGUCGGAACAGUUUUCAACACUGAUAACUUGGUUACAGAAUUGGACAUUAAUGACGUCCCAGUAAACUGCAGAAACUUCCUGACAAAAGGACAGACUCAGGAUAAAAUACACCAGUACAGUGGCGCUACUGUCUCAACAAAGGGUUACUACAUGACCAACGCAGAAAAAGCACAUGCCAAAGGAACGGACAGGCCUUUGUAUUUGCAUGUUCAAGGCAAGACACAGGAAGAGGUUAACAAGGCAGUGGUCUGCAUUAAGGAAAUUAUUUCAGAAGAUGUCUUGAGAACUGAAUUAGCGCAGCCACAAGCUGUUGCACCUGCUGUUCCCAUCUAUAACCAACCAAGCAAGCCUGCUGCACAUGCCCACUCUCAUGCAGGGCAUUUUGUGCAUGCAAAACUCUUUGUAGGUUUGCACCAGACUGUGCCUUCUUUCAACGUUAAUGAGAAAAUUGAAGGUCCUGGUGGUUCCUACUUGCACCACAUCCAGACUGAGACUGGCGCUAGAGUGUUCCUUAGAGGGAAAGGCUCUGGGUAUAUGGAGCAGGCGUCGAAGCGGGAGUCUUUUGAGCCCUUGUACCUGUACAUCAGCCAUCCAACAGCAGUAGGUUUGGAAGCAGCAAAGAAGCUCUGUGAAAGCUUGUUAGAAACGGUGCGGUCAGAACAUUCCAGGCUGCUUUCAAUGUAUACUGCAGGGGGAUCAUCACAAGCUUAUCCAUCUUCCCUGGGAUACCCUCCUAGUAACAGUUAUUGUAGCCAGUCAUCCUGGUAUAAUUACUCAUCCACUGGUUACAUGGGAGACUAUUCUGCAUAUCCAGCAUCCAGUGGUUAUUGGAGUAGUUCAAAUGGUCCACACAGUCACUCUAACAUUUCAUCAACCCCUCAAUCUUCUCAGGCAAUGGUUCAGUAUCCAGUGUGUCCAAGGAAGCAACCUUCUUAUCUAACGCAGGACAUUCCAACUAGUUACUGCCCCUCUUCAGAUGUGUCCUCUUCCAGCCCACCACGUCCAAGCAGUCCAAAAAGACACUUCUCAGACAAAACCAAUGAAACAACUUCUGGAUGCCAGCAUGGGCCCAUUCACCCCAAUAAUUUUACUUCAGACACUACCGCGAAGACAGAAAAGGUGUCCUCUACAAGCAAGAAUGAAGACGGCGAAGAAUUGGAAAGGCUGUUGAUGCCCCCUCCCCCUCCACCAACUACUGGAAUAACACGCAAAAGGCAAAAGACACAGGGCUACUCCAAGGCUACACUUGGUAUGCAUUUCUAUAAUCAAACCCAUUCACUUUUGUCUUUUUUUUUUUUCCCUCCCUUCAAAGUCUAUGGUAGCCAAGAUCCAGCUGCUUUCAUGAAGAAGCAGAAAACUGGUGGGGAUGGCAGUGGGUUAGUCCCUUAUAGUGGGGACUCUUCAGAUGAAGAGGAAGACCGCUUUCUUGGCAGUAAGAUGCCUUUCCAGUAA